GAUGGAGAACAACAGCCGGGAGCUCCAGGCCAGGAAAUAUUUGGAAAAACAUCGGAUUAUGGAGUUGCUGAACUAUCUCACCAGUAACCUGCUCUUCUUCCAGCCAACUAAACCAAGAGAGUAUUUAAUCUCUCUAUUGGAACGACUGAGAAUUGCUAAAGCAACAGGUGUGUCUUUCCCUGUCUUUAUGGAUCACAGUAACAUUGUGGCUAUGUUUGAGAUGAUGGACUCCGCAGGUAGAGGCAGCAUAUCAUUUGUGCAGUACAAAGGAGCCCUAGAGAACCUGGGCCUGUUAACUGAAGAUGAAGAUUUAAAAGAUGAUGGACGUGGAAUAACUUUGGACAGAUUCAAGGAUGAAGUGGACAAAAGGGCUCAGAAAAUAUGGUCAGCAUUUUAAUAACACUGUAAGUCAAAGGUAAUAAAUGAUUCUAUAAAGUU